AUGGCCAACAAUUUAGGGAAUCUUGCACUCGAUGGCGGUGACCCUCGCAUUGAAGGAGUCGGUGAGGUGGAAAUAGCCACGACCGUUCGUCGCAAGAUGCACGAUCCCAAUGUUCCGUUCGAGGAAUAUUUGUAUUUUGCAAAGAUUCAACGGGAACAAGAGAUGAACGGACUUGGCCCAGAUGAACGUGAGAGGAUGUACCAGGAAUACCUUGCCGGAACAGACAACGUUGCAAAAAGGGAGAUUGGGGAUGAGAAAAAGGCUCUUCCAGAAACGGGGGAUGAGAAGAUCGAUCCUCAGGCAAUCCAUGAGUCAAAACCUAGCUCUAUUUCCAAAGGUCAAAACGAUCCAUAUGUCGGAGCUGGUGAAUGGGAGAGCGCAUCUCGAGCAGCUAGAAAUGCUACAUGGGGAGCUGUCGUAUAUCUCAUCACCACCGAUAUUUUAGGGCCUUCAAAUGCACCAUACUCUGUUUCACAAUUCGGAUAUGUUGGAGGUGUGAUGAUGUACUUCUUCAUGGGAAUCAUGGCUUUCUUCGCUGGAUGGCAAAUCUGGUCCAUGUUCUUGAAGCUCGACAGUGAUAGAUGGCCCAUGAGGACCUUUGGAGACUUGGGAUUCAGAAUUUUCGGAACUUACGCUCGCCACGCUAUCAAUCUCCUGCAAAGUAUCCAACUUUUGUUCAAUGUCGGUGUCAUUGUCAUCUCCAAUGGCCAAGGUUUAUCCGAAAUGUCUAAAUACAAGCUCUGCUUUUCCAUCUGUAUCCUUGUCUGGGUACUCGCUGGUAUGAUCUUUGGUCAAAUUCGCUCUCUGCAGAAGUUUGGGUACAUGGCCAAUUUCGCCAUUUGGUUGAACAUUCUCGUUAUUUUGAUGACCAUGGGUGUUGCCGCACAUAGUCCUCCCAACUAUGCCGCAGCGCUUCAAUCUUUCGGUACUCCGAAAGGCCCUAUCAAGCACACUAUUUGGAUUCCUUCUGGCGCGACUUUCGACUCCCAAUUAAGUUCAGCUAUGCAAAUCGUCUAUGCUUACGGUGGCGCAAUGUUGUACUGCGAAUUCAUGGCCGAAAUGAAACGACCACUCGACUUUAUUAAGGCUCAAUUCCUAGCUGAAAUAUUCAUCUUUGUCUGCUAUCUCAUUUUCGGUUGCGUUGUUUACUCCCAACAAGGUCAAUUCACCUACAACCCCGCCAAUCAAGGAUUAUCUCCCUACUCUUGGCAAACCGUCACCAACGCGCUCUCCCUCAUCUCCGGUCUCAUCGCCGCAGUUCUAUAUGGUAACAUUGGUAUCAAAGUCAUCUACCAAAACAUCAUUGAAGAUCUCUUCGGUGGCCCAGAACUCAACAGCAAACAAGGAAGGGUCGUCUGGGUCAUCAUGGUACCACUGUACUGGGCCUUUGCCUUCGUCGUCGGAUCUGCCGUCCCUCAAUUCACCAACAUCUCUUCGCUGGUCGCAGCUGUCUGCAUCAUGCAAUUUACUUAUACCUUCCCCACCCUCUUGUAUUUUGGUAUGAUAAUCAAAGAAGACGCCAUCCACCCCGAUGAAACAUACGAUCCUGUCACCGGAGAAGUACACCGAAUCGACAGCUGGAAAGACAUGAGUCGAUGGAGGAGAGGACUCGCGCCAAGAUGGUGGUUGAAAAUUUUCUGCUUCUUGUUCUUUUUGGCAAGUGCUGCUACGGCUAUUUUGGGCAUGUACUCGAGUAUCAAGAGUAUCAUUGCCGGGUUCGCGUUGGGACACGCGACCAGUUUCGGUUGUACAAGUCCGGUCGGCUAUGCUUAG